AUGAAAAAAGUUGUGUGUCUUUAUGCAAAAAUAACUAAAUUCCUUAACAAUCUAAUUAAUCCUGCUAAUCAGCAAUUACUUGUCCCAUUUAGUACAUACAACCAAAUCAAAUCUCAUAAGGUAGAAAUAUAACAGAUGUCUUUUUACAUGAAAACGGAUAUCUCAUAGUAAUCUACAACAAUUUCUUCAGCUACUUUGAAUUUUAAACAGUUUUUGAGUGGAUUGAAGAAACUGCUUAGCAAAAAUUCUUAGUAAGAAUUGAAUUUGGAAGACUCAAUACCUAUUCUAGUUUUAUUUCAGUUAUGA